AUAUUAGAAAAGAGGAGGGGGAGGAAACCUUGGGUUGUUUACAAUGGAGGUGGCGCUAAAAAGGGUUGAAGAGGAGAGAAGACCAGGGAGUGUUGGCGAUGAUGAAGAGGGUGGAGAGACUCGAAAGUUUGGAAGUGAAACAGCAAUUAAGGACCAAGAAAUUCAGAAGUCAGCUUCCCCCAACGCAAAAGAUUCAAGUAUCAACAAACAGGCUUCUGCUGCAACCCCAAGCGAAAGAUCAUCCAUGGAUACAUCUUCAAGACCAUCUUGUUUAAACCUGGGACACUCCGUUACAAUGAGUAAGGAGGACCAGCUUAAAUCCACUAAAGCAGAAAUGGGCGAGGUGAGAGAAGAGAAUGAAAAAUUGAAGAUGAUAUUAGCCCGCAUCGUUAAGGAUUACCAGUCUCUCCAAAUGCAAUUCUUUGAGAUUGUUCAACAAGAGCAAGAAAAGAAACCCAUCGGGACCCCACCAGUUCCGAUUGAAGUAGAAGAACCUGAGCUUGUUUCACUCAGCCUUGGAACAAGUUCAAGUGGACACAAGAAGGAAGAGAAGGCAAAAACAAAUAAAAGCAAAGAGAACGAACAGAUUGAAGAAGGCCUGAGUCUUGGACUGGACUGCAAAUUUGAGGGUUCUAUUACUGGUACCAAAGAACCUGGCUCAAACCUGAGCCCUGACAAUAGCUUUGAGGAGCCAAAGGAAGAAGAGCCCGGGGAGCCAUGGCCGCCUAGCAAGAUAUUGAAGCAUUUUAGAAAUGGUGACGAAGAAGUUUCCCAACAGCCCCAGGUCAAAAAAGCUCGUGUUUCUGUGAGAGCACGAUGUGAUGCACCAACGAUGAAUGAUGGAUGCCAGUGGAGGAAGUACGGGCAGAAGAUUGCGAAGGGAAAUCCAUGCCCACGGGCAUACUAUCGUUGCACCGUUGCACCAGCAUGCCCAGUGAGGAAGCAGGUGCAAAGGUGUGCACAAGAUAAGUCCAUAUUGAUCACGACCUAUGAGGGGACCCAUAACCACCCACUUCCAAUGUCGGCCACGGCCAUGGCCUCCACCACCUCCGCUGCCGCUUGCAUGCUGCUGUCUGGCUCGUCUGCUUCCCGACCAACCAUUGGAUCUCUCGCCGCCACCUCCACCGUCAUGACCACCUCCAACGCCAACCUCCAUGGCCCAAACUUCAGCUUCCCAUCAGGCCACUCGAGACCAGGACAGUUCUACCUUCCAAACCCUUCGAUCUCCUCCAACCCUUCCUACCCCACCAUCACUCUAGACCUCACUGCACCCCCAUCAUCCACCUCCCAACCUUCCCAACUCAAUAGGUUCUCUUCAAACUUUGCCACCACCCCAAGGUACUCCUCGACAGGCUUCAGCUUCUCUUGCUUGGAGUCUAACGCCAUCCCAACUUCUUGGAGCAGCAGUUACCUUAGCUAUGAAAGUCAGCCAUAUAAUAAGAGCUCCAUUUCCUCUCUGAGCCUUGGAAGACAACCUCAGGAACCUUUGUACCAGUCCUAUUUGAACAAGUCCACCAACCCAAGUGCUCCCACCCCAAGCCAGAAUUCACUGACGGAUACGAUUGCUAAGGCUAUCACAUCAGACCCGAACUUCCAGUCCGUGGUAGCAGCUGCCAUCACGUCAUGUGUUGGAGCCCAAGGAGCCCAAGCCGGGGGAAAGAGUACUCAGGGCCAUGGUCUAAAAUGGGGAGAACAACUCAGUUCAGUUCCCCCUUAUUCAAGUACAGCAACCGGGAAUGGCGGUGCGUCGAACUACUUGACUCGGUCGAUGGCUUCGACUUCAAGCCCACAACAAGGGAACUUGAUGUUCCCCCAGCCUUCUUUGGGCCUUUCCACCUCUAAGAGCGCCUCUGCCUCUCCAGUGGAUAAUAGGGAAAAAACCAACUGAAGGCCUUUUUUUGGAUUUAGGCUUAUUUUCAUUUUGUUUUGGGAAUUUUGGAGUUUAUCCAGGCUCAGUAUACAAGCAGUCAUUUGAGAAGUUCUGAAUGGAAUUUGGGGGAUGGGGUAAGAUAAUCAAGUACAGGUUCAGGGAUUGCUAUUUCAUUAUGUACAGUGCAGGUAAGACAAAGUGGGUCUGUCCAUGUGAAUAAAAUGGUGAUGGAGAACAAGGUAUAACCAGUCCUUUUUUUCUAAAGAAAAA